UGCUUGAUUGCACAUUACGUCUUUACUUCAGUUCUCAGUCUUAUAUUGGUUACUUGCCCACUGCUUACAUAAUACCAUGUACAUAGACAUUGAGAGCUGCUGUACCAGAGUCAAAUUCCUUGUGUGUUCAACACACCUGGCCAAUAAAGCUGAUUCUGAUUCAAAAAUACAGUUUUAAGAGGUGGAAUGAACUUUAGUUUAUCAGAGGUGUUGGGACAAAGGUCAGGGGAUAUAGGAUAUAGAGCACUUAUUAAGUUUUUACAGAGCACAGGGUUACACAAGAUAAUAUAAGGUGAACUGAGUGGGGUUAUUUUGGUGUGGUAGUAGGUAGGGGUCGUUCUGAUCCACACUCCAGUCUGGAAGAUGGCGGUAAUGCACCUAAAGGUGGUUGCCAACUGCCAUUAAGAGACACCUGAAGAAGAAAAAGAAGAAAAACAAGGCCAUUUGAGGGCACCGUAGACGCAGAGUACGAGCAGUUUCCAGCAAUGCAGUUUUACUUUGUUGCUGGGGUUAGCACAUCAGUAUUUAUACUAGAAUUGGCUUUUGGAGCUAACCAUGGAGGCCAAGUUAAAGAAAGAGCUGGGAACAACUAUGCUGAAGUCAACUGGUUAUUCAAGAGGUGGAUGCAUCAGCCAAGGCCAGAGUUAUGAUACUGACAAUGGGAGAGUGUUUGUUAAAAUAAAUCAUAAAAGUGGGGCCCAAGUAAUGUUUGAUGGGGAGAUGGCCAGUUUGGAAGCAAUUUUAAAGACAGAAACUGUUAAAGUCCCCAAGCCUGUGAAGGUGAUUCAGCUUGACACAGGAGGAUGUGCAUUUGUGAUGGAACAUCUGGACAUAAGAGGUCUUAGCAAGUACUCACAGCACUUAGGGGAGCAGCUGGCAGAUCUGCAUCUUCACAACAAGAAACAGUUGGAACAAUUAAAUAAAGAGCAGCAGACAGUAGGAAAGGGUGUCGGGCACUUGGAGGCUCCUGUUGUUGAAAAAUUUGGAUUUGAUGUAACUACAUGCUGUGGAUAUAUACCACAGGUAAAAUAUCUGUGCACUGUAAAUGACUGGCAGGAUGACUGGGUGACAUUUUUCUCCCAGCAAAGGCUGCAGCACCAGCUUAACAUGGUGGAGAAAUCUUAUGGAGACAGAGAGGUCAGAGAACUAUGGGCCAAGCUACAGCUGAAGAUUCCUCAGUUUUUUACAGAUGUGGUGAUUGUCCCUGCCCUCCUCCAUGGAGAUUUAUGGAGAGAGAAUGUGGCAGAGUACACAGAAGGGCCAGUCAUCUUUGACCCCUCCUCCUUUUAUGGUCAUUCAGAGCUUGAGCUGAGUAUUACAGGGAUGUUCGGUGGCUUCCACAGCUCUUUUUAUUCUGCUUACCAUAACAAGAUUCCUCAAGCACCAGGGUUUGCAGAAAGAAACCAGCUUUACCAACUCUUUCAUUAUUUGAAUAACUGGAACCACUUUGGUGAUAGCUACAGAGAAUCUUCAGUAAGGAUUAUGACAGACCUACUGAAGUAACAUGAUUGUUCCACUAAAUGCAGUAGGUUCCUCUGUAUUUUAUCUACAGAUGUCAUGCAGACUGACACACUCUGUACAUCUCCAAAAUGUUGCUGUUCAAUAAUUUGCUCUCUCCUGUUUAACCAACAAUAAAUUUUGGGGUGAUCCAAAGUAUCUGUCCUGACCUUCUGUGUAAAUGAAUAAAAGCUUCUCCCAGUGUUUGUCAGUUUUAAAUUUCCAGUCCUGAAUAAACAAUAUUUAAUGUCA